UUCACAUGCGAUUAUAAGCUUUUAUGAGUUCCGUCACAGGUGUAUCCCAGGGAUCCUCCAAAAAAAGUAACAUCAAAUUAACCUUUGUGUCAUAUUGUGUACGUGUCAUAGGGGUUCCUCAGUACAUGUAACAGUAGGCAGGCGUCUACAGCAACAGCACACACAAAGGGCUGCCAAAACAUUAGAGCAGCGUGAGGAGCAGACCGGACACUCUAUUCACAGAUAUUUUCACCAUCUGUCCGACCCUGAUUAUACUACAUCUCCCCCAAUGACCUGUGAGCUACAACAGAGUCUAUCCUUUCCAGCACAAUGCACACAUUGACCUGCGAAUGACCCUGGCAUGUCAGUGUGCCGACAGCACAGCGAGAUCAGCCUACGGAUAGCUCAGUCCUACCUGUGGUGCCACCGCUGAACCCUUCCCGUUUCACUGGCCUUCUUUAUCACAAUCGAGCACCUAAGAGACUGAGAUUGAGGAAAUACAAUUUCUUUUCUUAAUUAACCUAAUAUGACUCCAAUGGAGGUGUAACAGAGAUUCGGACAAGGAUGAUUCCUGCUAUCGAAAUAUGUACAGUUUUGCUGUGGGAUGACGGGUAAUCAGCCAAACGCAACCCCUACUAUGGCCACUAGUGACCCAGACACUGUCAGCGAACCCCAGCCUGGUGACCUCAUCGAGAUCUUUCGACCGGCAUAUCAGCACUGGGCCAUGUACCUGGGAGACGGAUACAUCAUCAACCUUACACCAGUCGAUGAGAGCCAAGCAAACGCUAUGUCUAGCGUGAAGUCAGUGUUCACCCGUAAGGCCGUGGUGCGCAUGCAGCUCCUGAAGGACGUCAUUGGGAGCGAUGCGUUCCGUGUCAACAAUAAAUACGACAGCAGUCACACACCUCUGCCCGUGUCUGAGAUCAUUGAACAAGCACAGAUGCUGAUUGGUCAGGAGGUGUCAUAUGACCUGCUGGGCAACAACUGCGAGCACUUUGUCACCCUGCUGCGAUAUGGUGAAGGCGUAUCUGAGCAGGCAACACGUGCUAUUGGGGCGUUAGGUCUGGUCACAGCAGCAACCAGUGCUUUAUCCAUGCUCGGCAUCAUCAACUCUCGCAACAGAAACAGACCCUGACGUUAUUGCAGCUCAAACGUAUAAUUAUGUCCACAAUGAAAAUGACAUUUGUUACAUUUUUUUUAUUGAGUGUGUACACUUAGAGUCAGUGCUAUUUGUUUUGGAUACUGACUUAAGCUUUGUUGUUUGAUUGAAAACAUUAUAAGGACUGUUUAAUUUAUUUAAUUAAUGUGUAAUCAAUUAUAUAUAUUUUAGCAUUAUAGCAAAUUGUAAGUAGAGAAUAGCUGAAACUAUCUAUUCUCCUCAUUCUGAAGUAUCUGGGGAUCAUAAUGGGCAUGAAGUUCUCUUGGUGGGGUUCCUCUGGGUACUCCGCACUGGCGUUCCCAAAUAUUUUGUAAUGUGUCGAUGUGUGGGUUGGGGCAUUUGUGCACUGCAAUGGAUUGACAACCUGUAGAGUCCAGGGUGUACCCUGCCUUGUGCCCCAGGUCUCAAUAUAUUCAAAG